GUCGCCUCAUGGCACACAUUUACUGAAUGCACCUGGCUGCCAAAAAGUGGGCAUCUUCUAUCAUAUAUAUAUACGCAACUUUCGCAAACGGAAUCCAAAAGUCAUGCUGUCGUGUGUCUGAUUGAUUCGGCUGUGCCUUCAUCUCUUUUUUAAAUACCACUAUAUACUGGAUGCCGACUUGUGUGUAAAAUUAUACAGUAUACAUAUAUACGUAUAUACGAGUGGACCCCCCGAAAAAACGUGGAGCUGCUGAAGAAAUGCGCGCAUUUCGUUGUGUGGACCAGGUAAGGAAAGAUGAGUGGUGGCAGUGAUUCCUCCAGGAUGACCUCAUCCUCUGGGAGCAUGAAUCGUUACGUCACCAUCAAGAAGCUGGGGGAUGGGUCCUAUGGCGAAGUGGUUUUGGGGCAACGGGUUGACACCGGGGAACGGGUCGCCAUUAAAAAAAUGAAGAAGAAAUAUUAUUCGUGGGACGAGGCAAUGAAUCUGAAGGAGGUGAAGAGCCUCAAGAAACUCAGUCAUCCCAACGUCGUGAAACUCAAGGAAGUCAUCAGAGAGAAUGACACAUUAUAUUUUGUGUUCGAGUACAUGCGUGAGAACUUGUACCAGCUCAUGAAGUCCAGGGAUAAGUUGUUCCCUGAACAAAUCAUCCGGAACAUCACAUACCAAAUUCUGCAAGGGCUCAUGUUUAUGCACAAGCACGGGUUCUUCCACAGGGAUAUGAAACCAGAAAACUUGCUUUGCAUGGGACCUGAACUGGUGAAAAUUGCAGACUUUGGUCUUGCCAGAGAAAUACGGUCACGUCCUCCGUUCACUGACUACGUUUCAACUCGCUGGUACAGAGCCCCUGAGAUUUUGUUGAGAUCUACCAACUACAACGCACCCAUAGAUUUGUGGGCUGUUGGAUGCAUUGUUGCUGAGCUGUACUCUUUCAGACCUUUGUUCCCUGGUUCAAGUGAAAUUGACCAGGUUUUCAAAAUCUGUGCCAUUAUGGGAACGCCUGAUAUGAGGGAUUGGCCAGAAGGUCAUCAGCUUGCCAAAGCCAUGAACUUCAAGUGGCCGCAAUUCACAGCCACGCCCAUAGCACAAGUUGUGCCGAUGGCUUCGCGGGAAGGUGUCACUCUCAUCUCGGAUCUGCUCAAGUGGAACCCCGGGAAAAGACCAACCGCGAGUCAGUCCCUGCGGUACCCGUAUUUCCAGGUUGGGCAGAAACUCGGGCCCGCUGGACUGAAUGAAAGCCAAACCCUGAGGGCAGGGCAACUCAGACAAAGUGCCCCUGUGCAAAUGGCCAAGAAUAAUAAUAACAAGGGACGUCCUGACUCGGGAGACAGUUUUGCUGAUGCUUUCAAUGAGAGCAUUCGAAUCAAGGCGGAUGAAAAACGAGACGGGAAUAACAUGACAGCCAAGCAGCGGUACUUGAAUAACGCUAGAUACGUUGCUGGACAAAACACCAAGAAUGGAGGC